AUGGAGUGUAUGGUGUAUGAAUCUAGGAAACUUGAAAGCUGUAAAAAAGAAAUGGGAUUCAUGAAGAUUAAUUUUCUAGGCAUUAUAAAUAAGAUAAACACAGGCAGCAUCACGUGCCCUAGGCCUGUGUCUGUUGAGCAUGCAGACAUCCGGGUCAAGAACUACAGUUUGAGUUCCAGGGAGCGCUAUACUUGUAACUCUGGCUUCAAACGUAAAGCUGGGACAUCCAGCCUGACUGAAUGUGUGCUUGAUGAGACCACGAACACCGCACACUGGACCACUCCCAAUCUCAAGUGCAUCAGAGAUCCCUCCCUGACUCACCAAAUGCCUGUGUCACCCUCCACUGUACCCACAACAAGGGUGACCGCACAACCAGAGAGCCUCACCCCUUCUAGAAAAGAGCCAGAAGCGUCCACUCCCAAGUCAGACACCACAGUGACCACAGAGACAGCUAUUGGACCGGGCUCCAGGCUGCUGCCAUCAGAACCACCUUCUGCAGGAACGACAGGCAUAGUCAGGAACGGGUCCUCCCCAGCCCCACCUCAGACAGCAGCAAAGACUUUGGAACCAAUUCUCCCUGCUUCCCACGCGACACCAGCAGAUGCUUCUUCAGGCAAUGCCACCACUGUCACUGGUACCUCCACAGCUAUCUCUGUGGCAGCUUCGAUUGUCAUCCUGAUUAUUGGAGCAGGAGUAGCAGCUUUUAUACGAUAUUGCAGAGAAAGGAGGCAACAACCGCCAGCCCCAAAUGUUGAAAUGGAAGACAUGCCAAUGACUGCAGAAGCCAGCAACAGAGAGGAAAAUACAGAAGAUCACCAACACAACUUAUGA